AUGACCGUCCACGAACUCAUUCAGACAGUCACCAAAUUUCACGGAGAGCUGAACCUUUUACUGUCUGAAUUACCAAAAGACCUCGAGAUUGGUAGCUUGGGUCGAUCUUCGCAUUCUCCGAAGCAGGUCAACAAGUGCUUGUAUCUCCAUUUCAGUAUCCACAGCAGCAUCAUGGCUGCGCAUUGCCACCUCUUCUAUCCCUGGUUAGUUUCAAGGUUCAGUGGAAUUGGCUCUGACGCCACUGUCAAAGACCAAAUUGCCUCGUCGUCCAACAUCAUCGCCGAAGCCGCACGCAAGAUCAUUCUAGCCCUUCGACUUGUCAACCCAAGUGUAGCCACGCCUUCGUGUUUGGCAUUCUACUAUCCGCUUCAUGCAAUGAUCAACCUCUUCAUUCAUCUCGUCAAGUCCCCGGCCUUGUCCACAGCUGCGACUGACCUUGGCCUGCUGGAUGCCUGUGUUGGACACUUUGGCUAUGUUGAAUUCUUCACGGCAUCUGCAGUUUCCAUCACGCUACCGAGGGAAGUCGCUAAUGUGGCAUCUCGUGCUGUUCAAGUGGCAAGAACUAAGAACACGGAUUCUACGGCAGUUGAAAGAGUUACUGAUAAUACCCAGCAAAAUGAAUCCGAAGCUCAAAGUGCUGGAACUGAGGUUUUCAAUUUCAACUUUGACGACUUUCAGACCGAGCCUAUUUUACAAAAUGAGGAAGGUGUAGACUGUGUCUUUGGUGAACGAAGAAGGGCUCGCCUCGACAGAACCCUGGCCGAGAACCGGAAAGUAAUCGCGGAACUCGAACUUCGAAACCAUAUACUAGUACAGGCUUUGCGCAAAGUCAUUAGUACUAUGCCGGAUCUUUUACCAGAACAACAUUUGGGCCUUUCAGAUAUCAUGACCGAGGAUUUUCAGUAUGAUCUGUUUAGAAAUGGCUCUCCAAUUUCAAACAUCAACGAUCCGACGAUGACGACGACAGUGACAAGUCAUCACGAGUCACCAUCGCUCCCGCAGACGGAAGAACAAGUCCCCUUCACGUCUACUGCUGGCCAUGGUAGUACCCGCCAAGUCGGAUUGAAGUCACGGCGGUCACCAUCAGUGGCGAGAGAGAAAUCUGUAUCUUUACAGAAAGGUUUGGUGGGAUCGAACGACAACAGAGUCACCACCAAGGUGGCACAAGACGGCAGCGGUACCCGUACGAGUGCGAUGGCUGCUCGUGGUGGUGGGGAUACCACUACCCCCAGGGCUGAUAAUGAUGGCGAUUUCAAGGCAGCAGCAGCACAUCGACGCAGGGAUCCGAAUGCAAACGUGGAUACGAAUAUGGAUACCGUUGUAGGCAUCUUGGCAGUAACUUCGAUAUACUACGUCUUGGAUUGA